AUGUGCUUACGAUCAAGAUGGCUCAUCUUACUCUCAACUCUUCGCAGUUGGUUACCAAGUUACCAAGUAUAUCACUAUAGAAAAUACUUGUCAAAAUGGUAUGCAACUUAUCUAUUAAAAAUUGAAACACAGACUAGAUUCUCUUUGUCAGAAGGCCCAUUGGGAGCAAAAUCUUAGUGAUGCUUUGGCGUAUUUAUCAUAUGCAAUAGAUAACUAUCGAGAAUAAAAGAGUGCUAAAGACUGCAUUCUUUUCUAUAUGGAUACUAGAAUAUGGCGCCGCAAGGGAAAAUAUGAUAGUAAUUCAGCAGCUUUGUGUACUCUCACCUUUGGUUUUUAUGACAUUUACUUAAUUUUAAGCUAAAGGAAAUUUUUUAGAAUAUAUAUAGAAUUUUUAAAUCAAAUUCCUGUUAAACCCAUGUUGACUGCAAUAGAAAUUAUUAUGAAAGUGGCUUACACAAUAACAAAGCAUGAGCAUCAAUUGGAAUGAACCACAUAUUUCAACAAGCUUCUCGUCGUUCAUAAUCUUUGCAAUUAG